GCGAUUCCGCCCGCCCCGGUGCCCGGCGGGCCCGCCGCCGCUGCCACUGUCAGGGGCCGCCCGGGACAGCAGCACCUUCGGACCGCCACGGCUGGGACCAGGGAGAGCAUGAGCUGACAUAACUAGAGCUAUUGUUGAAGCCUGCUCCCUCCUCUGUGGCAAGAUGCACCUUUAGAAGGCAAUACAGAGGAAGCUGAAUCAGAAUUUUUCUAAUCUACAACAUGAAGUAUAAAAUACUGCACACCAAGUUCAUGUUUCUCACAGUAGCUACAUGUCUGAGUGAGUUAUGGCAAAGCAUGAAGAAGGAAGAGCAGAAGUUGGGAUUUCUGAGAAGAAACCAACAGAUAGUAACAAUUUCAAGAUGUCAGGUGGUGCAAAAAUCCCAUUCAACAUAAUUGAUACUGCUCUUUCUUCAUUGAAGAACUCCCAGUCCUUCAUCAACUCUGGAAUGGAUAUUGCUACUAAGACUGCCUUAGACCUUGUGGAAAGUUUCAAUGAUGAAGAGGAUGUUAACAGUAUGGAAAAAGUCAUGUUAGAAUUUGCUGCAAUGGACAGAUCUCUUAAUAAUUAUAUAAGAGCAUUUGAGGAAACAGUAAAUCAGGUAAAACGAGAAAAACCAGAAAUUAUACCAGAUUUAGAAAACUUGGUGCAAGAAAAAUUAACUACAAUUGAGAACAAGAACAGUGACUCAGAUUUGAAAAGCAAUGAAAAAUACAUGUAUUUUAUGGAUCAGCUUAAAGAGAUGAAAAAACAAUUUCGUCAGAUAUCAGAUGAUGAUGAUGAGACCAUUGAACAAAUCGAUGAAGAUAUAGCUGUGACUCGGAGUCAGAUGAACUUUAUUUGUCCCAUUACACAGAUGGAAAUGAGGAGGCCGGUGCGAAACAAGGUCUGUGGACAUACUUAUGAAGAAGAGGCCAUUGUAGAAAUUAUCCAGUCUCGAAAGCAGAGAAAGAAAAAAGUCCGAUGCCCUAAAAUGGGCUGUAGCCAUGAUGAUGUAAAAAGAUCAGAUCUUGUGCCAGAUGAAGCACUAAAAAGAGUGAUUGACAGUCAGAAUAAAUAAAGCUGGUCAACAUUGGAUGAGUGAGCUGGAUACGCUACUACCACAAAGAAAAUUUGUUAUUGGAGGUCUUGUGAGAUAAGCUGCUGAUUAUAUGUAGGUUGUGAGACUGAUUGUUAUUUUUUAAGUGUUAAGUGUUUAAUUUAUAGGCAAAUCAUUGUUAAGUGUUUCAUUUAUAGGCAAAGUUGAAGGCCUCAACUCUAACUGAAAGCAUUUUUUGAAUGAAUGAAUGUAAGGAAUUCCAUUUUGUUUGGGGUAUUUUGACCUUCCUGAAUUUCUAAACACUUGCAUUUUAUAAAUAAAACAUGCUUUGCAGCAUUUAA